AUGGCACAGGCACUGCUGGUACCCCCGGGGCCUGACAGCUUCCGCCUUUUUACUAGAGAAUCUCUUGCUGCUAUCGAAAAACGUGCUGCAGAAGAGAAAGCCAAAAAGUCCAAGAGAGAACAAGACAAUGAUGACGAGAACAAACCAAAGCCAAAUAGUGACUUGGAAGCUGGGAAGAACCUUCCAUUUAUUUACGGAGACAUCCCUCCAGAGAUGGUGUCGGAGCCCUUGGAGGACCUGGACCCGUACUAUAUCAAUAAGAAAACUUUUAUAGUAUUGAAUAAAGGGAAGGCAAUUUUCCGAUUCAGUGCCACCUCUGCCUUGUAUAUUUUAACUCCGCUAAACCCUGUUAGGAAAAUUGCUAUUAAGAUUUUGGUACAUUCUUUAUUCAGCAUGCUUAUCAUGUGCACUAUUUUGACCAACUGCGUAUUUAUGACCUUGAGUAACCCUCCAGACUGGACGAAGAAUGUAGAGUACACAUUCACUGGAAUCUACACCUUUGAGUCACUUAUAAAAAUCUUGGCAAGAGGGUUUUGCUUAGAAGAUUUUACAUUCCUUCGUGAUCCAUGGAACUGGCUGGAUUUCAGUGUCAUUGUGAUGGCAUACGUGACAGAGUUUGUGGACCUGGGCAAUGUCUCAGCGCUGAGAACAUUCAGAGUUCUCCGAGCACUGAAAACAAUUUCAGUCAUUCCAGGUUUAAAGACCAUUGUAGGGGCCCUAAUCCAGUCCGUGAAGAAGCUUUCUGAUGUCAUGAUCUUGACUGUGUUCUGUCUGAGCGUGUUUGCUCUAAUUGGUCUGCAGCUGUUCAUGGGCAACCUGCGGAAUAAAUGCUUGCAAUGGCCCCCAAGCGAUUCUGCUUUUGAAACCAACACCACAUCCUACUUUAAUGGCACAAUGGAUUCAAAUGGGAUAUUUGUUAAUGUAACAAUGAGUACAUUUAACUGGAAGGAUUAUAUUGAAGAUGACAGUCACUUUUAUGUUUUGGAUGGACAAAAGGACCCUCUACUCUGUGGAAAUGGCUCAGAUGCAGGCCAGUGUCCAGAAGGAUACAUCUGUGUGAAGGCUGGCCGAAACCCCAACUAUGGAUACACAAGCUUUGAUACCUUUAGUUGGGCUUUCUUGUCUCUAUUUCGACUCAUGACUCAAGACUACUGGGAGAACCUUUACCAGUUGACAUUACGUGCUGCUGGAAAAACAUACAUGAUAUUUUUUGUCCUGGUGAUUUUCUUGGGAUCUUUCUAUUUGGUGAAUUUGAUCCUGGCUGUGGUGGCCAUGGCCUAUGAGGAACAGAAUCAGGCCACCUUGGAAGAGGCAGAACAGAAAGAGGCUGAAUUUCAGCAAAUGCUGGAACAGCUUAAAAAGCAACAGGAAGAAGCUCAGGUACUGAUUGCAGCAGCAUCAGCUGCUUCAAGAGAUUUCAGUGGAAUAGGUGGGUUAGGAGAGCUCCUGGAAAGUUCUUCAGAAGCAUCAAAGUUAAGUUCUAAAAGCGCUAAGGAGUGGAGGAACCGAAGGAAGAAAAGAAGACAAAGGGAGCAUCUUGAAGGAAACAACAAAGGAGAGGGAGACAGGUUUCCCAAAUCUGAAUCUGAGGACAGUGUCAAAAGAAGAAGCUUCCUUUUCUCCAUGGAUGGAAACAGACUGAAUAGUGACAAGAAAUUCUACUCCCCUCAUCAGUCUCUGUUAAGUAUCCGUGGCUCCCUGUUUUCCCCACGACGCAAUAGCAAAACAAGCAUUUUCAGCUUCAGAGGUCGAGCAAAGGACGUCGGUUCUGAAAAUGACUUUGCUGAUGAUGAGCACAGUACAUUUGAAGACAGCGAGAGCAGGAGAGACUCAUUGUUUGUGCCGCACAGACACGGAGAGCGACGCAACAGUAACGUUAGUCAGGCCAGUAUGUCAUCCAGGAUGGUGCCAGGGCUUCCAGCAAAUGGGAAGAUGCACAGCACUGUGGAUUGCAAUGGUGUGGUUUCCUUGGUGGGUGGACCGUCAGCUCUAACCUCACCUACUGGACAACUUCCGCCAGAGGGCACCACCACUGAAACGGAAGUCAGAAAGAGAAGGCUAAGUUCUUACCAGAUUUCAAUGGAGAUGCUGGAGGAUUCCUCUGGACGGCAAAGAGCCAUGAGCAUAGCUAGCAUCCUGACCAACACAAUGGAGGAACUUGAAGAAUCUAGACAGAAAUGUCCACCAUGCUGGUACAGAUUUGCCAAUGUGUUUUUGAUCUGGGACUGCUGUGAUGCAUGGUUAAAAGUAAAGCAUCUUGUGAAUUUAAUUGUUAUGGAUCCAUUUGUUGAUCUUGCCAUCACUAUUUGCAUUGUCUUAAAUACCCUCUUUAUGGCCAUGGAGCACUACCCAAUGACUGGCCAAUUCAGUAGUGUACUGACUGUAGGAAACUUGGUCUUCACUGGGAUCUUCACAGCAGAAAUGGUUCUCAAGAUCAUUGCCAUGGAUCCAUAUUAUUAUUUCCAAGAAGGCUGGAAUAUAUUUGAUGGAAUUAUUGUCAGCCUUAGUUUGAUGGAGCUUGGCCUGGCAAAUGUGGAGGGAUUGUCUGUACUGAGAUCAUUCAGACUGCUUCGAGUUUUCAAGUUGGCAAAAUCCUGGCCCACACUGAAUAUGCUGAUAAAGAUCAUUGGCAAUUCUGUGGGGGCUUUAGGUAACCUCACCUUGGUGUUGGCCAUCAUUGUCUUCAUUUUUGCUGUGGUCGGCAUGCAGCUAUUUGGUAAGAGCUACAAAGAAUGUGUCUGCAAGAUCUCCAGUGACUGCCAACUCCCACGCUGGCACAUGAAUGACUUCUUCCACUCCUUCCUGAUUGUGUUCCGUGUGCUGUGUGGAGAGUGGAUAGAGACCAUGUGGGACUGUAUGGAGGUCGCUGGCCAAACCAUGUGCCUUAUUGUUUUCAUGUUGGUCAUGGUCAUUGGAAACCUUGUGGUUCUGAACCUCUUUCUGGCCUUAUUGUUGAGCUCAUUUAGCUCAGACAAUCUUGCUGCUACAGAUGAUGAUAAUGAAAUGAACAAUCUCCAGAUUGCAGUAGGAAGGAUGCAAAAGGGAAUUGAUUAUGUGAAAAAUAAGAUACGGGAGUGUUUCAGAAAAACCUUUUUUAGAAAGCCAAAAGUUAUAGAGAUCCAUGAAGGCAACAAAAUAGACAGCUGCAUAUCCAAUAAUACUGGAAUAGAAAUAAGCAAAGAACUUAAUUAUCUUAAAGAUGGGAAUGGAACCACCAGUGGUGUAGGUACCGGAAGCAGUGUUGAAAAAUAUGUAAUCGAUGAAAAUGAUUAUAUGUCAUUCAUAAACAACCCCAGCCUCACUGUAACAGUGCCAAUUGCUGUUGGAGAGUCUGACUUUGAAAACUUAAACACUGAAGAGUUUAGCAGUGAGUCAGAACUAGAAGAAAGCAAAGAGAAAUUAAAUGCAACCAGCUCAUCUGAAGGAAGCACAGUUGAUGUUGCUCCACCCCGAGAAGGUGAACAAGCUGAAAUUGAACCUGAGGAAGACCUUAAACCGGAAGCUUGCUUUACUGAAGGAUGUAUUAAAAAGUUUCCAUUCUGUCAAGUAAGUAUAGAAGAGGGCAAAGGAAAGGUCUGGUGGAAUCUUCGGAAAACCUGCUACAGCAUUGUUGAACACAACUGGUUUGAGACUUUCAUUGUCUUCAUGAUUCUUCUCAGCAGUGGUGCUUUGGCUUUUGAAGAUAUAUACAUUGAACAGCGAAAGACUAUCAAAACCAUGCUAGAAUAUGCUGACAAGGUCUUCACUUACAUAUUCAUUCUGGAAAUGCUCCUCAAAUGGGUAGCUUAUGGAUUUCAAACAUAUUUCACCAAUGCCUGGUGCUGGCUAGAUUUCUUGAUUGUCGAUGUUUCUUUGGUUAGCUUGGUAGCCAAUGCUCUCGGCUACUCAGAACUUGGUGCCAUUAAAUCCCUACGGACAUUAAGAGCUUUAAGACCUCUAAGAGCUUUAUCCCGGUUUGAAGGCAUGAGGGUUGUUGUGAAUGCUCUUGUUGGAGCAAUUCCCUCUAUCAUGAAUGUACUCUUGGUGUGUCUCAUCUUCUGGCUGAUCUUUAGCAUCAUGGGUGUGAAUUUGUUUGCUGGCAAGUUCUACCACUGUGUUAACACGACAACGGGUAACAUGUUUGAAGUUAGUGAAGUCAACAAUCUGAGCGACUGUCAGGCUCUUGGCAAGCAAGCUAGAUGGAAAAACGUCAAAGUAAACUUUGAUAAUGUUGGCGCUGGCUAUCUUGCAUUGCUUCAAGUGGCCACAUUUAAAGGCUGGAUGGAUAUUAUGUAUGCAGCUGUUGAUUCACGAGAUGUAAAACUUCAGCCUGUAUAUGAAGAAAAUCUAUAUAUGUAUUUAUACUUCGUCAUCUUUAUCAUCUUUGGGUCAUUCUUCACUCUGAAUCUAUUCAUUGGUGUAAUCAUAGAUAACUUCAACCAACAGAAAAAGAAGUUUGGAGGUCAAGACAUCUUUAUGACAGAAGAACAGAAAAAAUACUAUAAUGCAAUGAAGAAACUUGGAUCCAAGAAACCUCAGAAGCCCAUACCUCGGCCAGCAAACAAAUUCCAAGGAAUGGUCUUUGAUUUUGUAACCAGACAAGUCUUUGAUAUCAGCAUCAUGAUCCUCAUCUGCCUCAACAUGGUCACCAUGAUGGUGGAAACUGAUGACCAGAGCAAAUAUAUGACUCUAGUUUUGUCCCGGAUCAACCUUGUGUUCAUUAUCCUGUUCACUGGAGAAUUUGUGCUAAAGCUCAUUUCUCUCAGAUACUACUACUUCACCAUCGGCUGGAACAUAUUUGAUUUUGUGGUUGUGAUUCUCUCCAUUGUAGGCAUGUUUCUGGCUGAGCUGAUAGAAAAAUACUUUGUGUCCCCUACCCUGUUCCGAGUGAUCCGGCUCGCCAGGAUUGGUCGAAUCUUGCGUCUGAUCAAAGGGGCCAAGGGGAUCCGCACGCUGCUCUUUGCUCUGAUGAUGUCCCUUCCUGCCUUGUUUAACAUCGGCCUCCUGCUCUUCUUGGUCAUGUUCAUCUAUGCCAUCUUUGGAAUGUCCAACUUUGCCUAUGUUAAAAAGGAAGCUGGAAUUGAUGACAUGUUCAACUUUGAGACCUUUGGCAACAGCAUGAUCUGCUUGUUCCAAAUUACCACCUCUGCUGGCUGGGAUGGAUUGCUAGCACCUAUUCUCAACAGUGCACCACCUGACUGUGAUCCUGACACAAUUCACCCUGGAAGUUCAGUUAAGGGAGACUGCGGGAACCCAUCUGUCGGGAUUUUCUUUUUUGUCAGUUACAUUAUCAUAUCAUUUCUGGUUGUGGUGAACAUGUACAUCGCUGUCAUCCUGGAGAACUUCAGUGUUGCUACUGAAGAAAGUGCAGAGCCCCUGAGUGAGGAUGACUUUGAGAUGUUCUAUGAGGUUUGGGAAAAGUUUGAUCCCGAUGCCACCCAGUUUAUAGAGUUCUCCAAGCUCUCUGAUUUUGCAGCUGCCCUGGAUCCUCCUCUCCUCAUAGCCAAACCAAACAAAGUCCAGCUCAUUGCCAUGGACCUGCCCAUGGUGAGUGGGGACCGGAUCCACUGCCUUGACAUUUUAUUUGCCUUUACAAAGCGUGUUUUGGGUGAGAGUGGAGAGAUGGAUGCCCUUCGAAUACAGAUGGAAGACCGGUUCAUGGCAUCAAACCCCUCCAAAGUCUCCUAUGAACCCAUCACAACCACUUUAAAACGCAAACAAGAGGAGGUGUCUGCUGCUAUCAUUCAGCGUAAUUUCAGAUGUUAUCUUUUAAGACAAAGGUUAAAAAAGGUAUCAAGUGAAUAUAACAAAGAGGCAAUUAAAGGAAGGAUUGACUUACCUAUCAAAGAAGACAUGAUUAUUGACAAAUUAAAUGGAAACUCCACCCCAGAAAAAACAGAUGGAAGUUCCUCUACCACAUCUCCUCCUUCCUAUGAUAGUGUAACAAAGCCAGACAAAGAAAAGUUUGAGAAAGACAAACCAGAAAAAGAAAGCAAAGGGAAAGAGGUCAGGGAAAAUCAAAAGUAAAAAAGAAACAAAGAAUUAUCUUUGUGAUCAAUUGUU